AUGUCUUUCGGCUUCGGGGGCUUCGGCUCCAACAACAACAACCAGCAGCAGAGCAGCGGCUUUGGCGGUUUCGGCGCGAACAACAAUGCCAACAACAACACCACAGGUGGCUUCGGCUCCAACGCGAACAAUGGUGGCAGCAUAUUCGGCUCCAAUAACAACACGGGUAGCACCAUGUUCGGAGGUAACACUGGCAGUACUGGCUCGCCAUUUGGAGGUGGUGGUACGUCUGGUACGUCGAACCUUGCGACUUGUUUUGCGUCGUUGCGUGGAGCUCUAGCAAACAUCAGCGUCGUCGAAGAAGCCGCGCUCUUCUUGCCUGGCGCAUCGCCGAACUUGUGGAUCACGGAAAAACUAGGUGGCUUCGGUACCAACACAGGCAACACAGCCUUCGGUUCGAAACCCUUCGGCAGCUCAACGACCGGUGGUGGUAUUUUCGGCGGUGCCUCUACAGGAAAUGCGUUCGGUGGCUUUGGUGCAAACAACAACACGGCCACAAGCACGCCAGCUUUCGGUGCCAACAACAACACUGGAGGCAGCCUGUUCGGCGGUCAGAACAAGACCGGUGGUGGAUUUGGUUCUACAGCAACAGGAGGCGGAGGUCUUUUCGGUGGUGGCAACACUGGCGGAGGAUUUGGAGCUACCAACACCACCAACACCACGACCAAUGCCUUUGGUGCCUCUACUGGUGGUGGAUUCGGCGCGAACAACGCCGCCCCGGUUAACAACGGUACCGCGAGUGUUCCCUUUGCCGCAUUCAGCGAAAAGGACGGUACAUCUACAACCGCAACCCAGUCAUACCAAACGAUUACUUUCCAGCAACCAUACCAGAACUUUUCUCUGGAAGAACUCCGUGUAGCCGACUACAACCAGGGUCGACGAUACGGCAACCAAAACGGUCAGGCAGGUGCAUUUGGUCAGAGCACUGGAUUCGGAGGCUUUGGCAGCAACAACACGGCCAACACCACGUCAGCCUUUGGCUCCAACACAAACACGAACACGGGUGGAGGCCUCUUUGGCGGUGGUGGUAACACGAACACCACAUCCGCGUUUGGCCAGAGCACUGGUGGAGCCUUCGGCGGCGCAAACAACAACACAACCAGCGGCGGUCUCUUUGGUCAGAACAAGCCAGCGACUGGUGGCUUGUUUGGAUCUUCUACAACUGCUCCAGCAGCGGGCACCACUGGUGGCCUCUUCGGCGGCGGGGCAACCAACACUGGAACGACUGGUGGAUUUGGCAGCGGAGGUGGCUUCGGUGCGUCUACAAACACCGGUGGAGGCCUCUUUGGUAACAACAACAAUCAAGCAAAGCCUGCCGGUGGCCUUUUCGGCAGCUCGACGACUGCUUCGACACCUUUUGGUGGUGGUGCCGCCGCGACCAACACUGGCGGUGCUUUUGGUCAGUCUAACACUGGUGGAGGACUUUUUGGUCAGAACAAUGCAUCGGCCGCAGCUCCUGCCUUUGGUGCGAACAAUACAGCAACCAAUACCGGUGGCGGUCUCUUUGGAAACACUGGUGGAGGCUUUGGACAGAACAACCAGACUCAGGCACAAGCACAGCCUGCUACGGGUGGCCUGUUCGGCGGUUUCGGACAAAACAACCAGCAAAACCAGCAGAAGCCGGCAGGUGGACUCUUCGGCGGAGGUGCAAGCACGACGAACACUGGCGGAGGUCUCUUUGGCCAGCAAAACAACACUACACAGCAGUCCGGCGGCCUAUUUGGCGGCGCAGCUGCCAACAACAAUGCCGGUGGUGGUCUCUUCGGAAACAAGCCCGCUGCGCCAGCUGGAGGUGGCCUGUUUGGCGGCAGUACUGGCAACACAGGUGCUUCUUCUGGUGGUCUAUUCGGUGGCGGUCUGGGUGCUCAGAACAACCAGCAGAACACUGGAGGCGGCUUGUUCGGUGGACAGAACAACCAGCAGAAGCCCGGCGGUCUCUUUGGAGGUUCCACCCAGAACAACAACACCGGCGGCUCGCUCUUUGGUAUGUCUCAGAACAACAACCAAUCUAGCCUCGGUGGAUCCUUGUUCUCUAGCCAGAACAACCAGCAACAGAACCAGCAGCCCAACAACAACAGCUUGUUCGGUGCGUCCGGUAGCUCUUUGCUGAACACUUCCAUGGCCACCAACCCCUAUGGCAAUGACGCUCUGUUCGCUGGACUUGCUACACCUACCCAGAGCCCUGGUCCUCUCGCGACUCCUCUUUCCAGCAGCCAAAAGAACAAGAAGAGUGCCAUUCUGCCUCAGCAUAAGCUCAACCCUGCGAACUCGACUCGCCUGCUCACGCCGCAGAACAAGCGUGCUGGAUACGGCUUUUCGUACUCAACGUAUGGCACGCCCAACAGUGCAAGUCAAAACAGCCCUAGCCUCGGUGGCAGCAUGUUCUCGAGUGGAAGCCUCUCUCGCUCGCUUGGAAAGAGCCUUUCCACUAGCAACCUCCGUAACAGCUUCACGCCAGAUACUAGCAGUAUUCUUUCGCCUGGAGCCUUCUCGGUCAGUGGUCGAGGCUACGGUAAUGGCAGUCUUAAGAAGCUCAACGUGAACCGAUCGCUCAACACACGCAUUCCUCUCUUUGACGAGCCACCCCAGAAACGCGUGAGCUUUGCAGCUGGAGAGACAGAUGGCGUUAACGGAGGCACCAACGCCGAGACUGCCCUUGUCGUACGACAGGACGAUGAGGUUGCUUCACCAAAGGCUGUGAACGGCAACGCUGAGAACGAGAACCGUCGCCCUCAGAUGGAACAAGUCAACGGUAGUCAAUUGGCUCGCGUCCAGGAGAACUCAGUGCUAACACCCAAGUCAUCCUCCUCGGUCAACAUUCAGCCUGGAAAGGAGGUGCCGGGUGGUUCUUACUGGUCUAACCCAUCUUUGGACCAACUGAAGAGCAUGAGUAAGCAGGAGCUCAAGAGCGUGCCCAACUUUGUUGUUGGUCGUCACAACAUUGGCCAGAUUACUUUCAACUUGGGUAAGCCGGUUGACCUGUCCGAAGUCGACCUCGACAAGCUCUAUGGCGACAUUGUCAGCCUCGCCACGCGAAAUGCUACUGUUUACGGCGAGACAUGCACGGCUCUGCCCAAGCCUCCUCUUGGCAGCGCCCUCAACCAGCCUUCCGAGAUCUGUCUUGGUCAAUCCUGGCCUCGCAACAGGGCCGGCAAGAAGGACGUCAAGCACCUCGAGCGUUUGAAGCGUGUCGACGGUACUACGUUCGUCAAGUACAACCAGAACACUGGUGAGUGGACGUUCAUCGUCCCUCAUUUCUCAUCAUAUGGCUUGGACUACGAUGACUACAGCGACGACGAAGAGGAGGACGAGGAUGAUGAAGGCUCCAGCGAGUUGAGCCCUGUUCCUGACACACCCGCUCAAUCCCAACUUCGCUCAAGCCAAAUGACAAGCACUCCUCAGGAGGACUCAUUUGCCAGCCCUACGCAAUCUAGUCCCGAUGACACCUUCGACUUCAAGAACAAGAAGAGUAUGCAUGUCGCACGCGCUUCUGUUCCUGGAGGCUUUGGUGAUGAGGUUGCUUACGAAGAAGACGAGCAGAUGGACGACGCGCAAGGCCAGUCUUUUUUAGGGCAGCGCUCCGUGGGUUCGCUUGAUGGUCAGCAUGACCACGAAUAUUCUGAAGGCGAAUCAGAAGCGGCUCGGGAUCAGGAUAUGGCGGAUUCUGCAUCCUCACCGUUUCAAACCACGGAGCAAUCGCUCGCCAAGGACCUUGACAUUUUCAAAGGCUCUCUGAAACCUAAAUCUAUCCUCAAGGCUAGUCAGGUACUUCGACCAGGCCAAGGCACACCGUCGAAGAACCACCAGCAGGUCUUUGACGACGACUGGGCGAAUCAACUGCAACGUACCAUCAGUCCCAAGAAGCAGGAUCGACAUGCUUUGCGUGAGAGCCAGGGUAACGCGUUGCGGGACCACAACGGCGCAGUCGCGAAGAUGGCGCAAUCGACCAAUGGACGCAACCUCACCACGGCAAUGGACCUGAUGGAAUCUCUCUUCGGCGAGACGGAGACGCAGAAGUUUCCCAAGCGUGUGGGUCACGGCAUCGAGAUUGACGCUCUGGACUUUGAGUCCACCCAUUUACCUUAUUCGAAGCGACCCAAGACUGCAGACGACUUGAACCAAUUGAGCGACUCCGACAAAAAGUUCCACAGCUGCAGCAAGCCCCAUUUCAGCGAAAAUGGCAUCCUCGUCUAUGGAAGUAAAGGCCAGUCAACCCUUGAGGGCGGUGUCUUUGCUUCUGUUCAAGAGGCGCUGGUCGGUGCUACAAAAGAUAUCCGGUUCACUGAGAUGCCAUCUUUUCGUGAUGCUGUACCCGAGACCCUAGCUGUUCAAAAAGAGCACACUAAGAUCUCACUAGCAAAUGGCAUUCCCGCGGCCAAGCUGCUGACCGACCCUGCUCCGGUUGAGUUCUCUGACAUGGCGAAGGCCGUUGCUAUCGACACACCAGCUGGCGCCCACGAGCAGCAUGCGUGGCAGCUACUGUCUCUGCUUUUCGACGAUGCCGACAACAUCCCUGAUGGUGUCGAUGCAGAGCACGUCCAUCUGUACAAGAAAGAGCAGCUCUCGGAAUUUUGGAAGUCCCUGGUCUGGGACGAUGCUCAGACCCAUGUCCAGCAGGCAUCAUCUGCGGAAGAAAAGGCUAUUGCUAACCUCAGCUGCAACAAUGUUGCGGACGCCUGUCACUCUUUGCUUAUAGGACUUGAUCUGCGGCUAGCGACCAUGGUGGCCCAGAUCGGUGGUGAUGCUUCCAUGCGCCAGAACCUUGUCUCGCAGAUCGAUGAGUGGCGCCGAUUGGACAUUCUCUCAGAGAUGGAAGAUCCACACCCAUCGACCUUUGGCAUCUCAAGCCGUUUUGGGCUCGACUGGCGACGUGCAUUCGGUCUUCGCCUCUGGUACGGCAUCAUGCACGAUGAACCUAUCGAGAUGGCCGUAGCUCAGUUCGCAGACGCCAUUAGGGAUGGCCUAGAGCAGGUCAAGCCUGUGCCUUGGUUCACUGAGGCGAAUGAGAACAUGGGCUGGAACGACCCCGAAGCGGAGGACCGCGAAGACCUUCUCUGGGGUAUUUUGAAGCUUUACGCAUCCACCAAGCUAGAACUGGACGCCAAUAUCGAAGAUGUCCUCGCACCCGAGAACGUCUCCGGCCAUCCUCUCAACGCUCGCCUGUCGUUCCAGAUGUUCCAACUCUUCAAGUCACGACUAGACGAUGACAGCGAGGCGGAUGAGCGCAAGGUCGGCAUGCCCACUGUUCGUGGUCAAGAUGAAGACGCACAUCGGUCAUCAUUCUUAUCAUCGACCGCAUCGCAAUUUGAUAAGGAUGCGCAAUCAGAGCAUCCACUUGUCGAGCUUGGUGAUAAGAUUGCCCUCACAUAUGCGGCCUCGCUGCACACCCGAGAGCACUGGACCACCGCAGCAUGGGUUUACAGUCAUUUGUCUUCUAUUGCUAUGCGCGAGCACUACAUCAAGUCGCUCGUCAACCAGUUCUCCAGCACCUACAGCCUCGAGGACUCCGACUCCACAUACGUGUAUCUGACGCAUGACCUUCAUGUGCCACCAACGUGGCUGCAUGCCGCCGCUGCGCUACAAGCAAAGACUGAGGGCGAUGCCCUCCGCCAAGCUACCCAUCUCAUCAAGGCUGAUCAGUUAGAGGAGGCCCACGAAGUCUUAUGUCGCAAGGUUGGACCCGACGCCAUCAUCUCCCGCGACUACGACCCACUUCGUGAGCUUAUGGGCGGCUUCCUUCCUACCCCGACAAACAGCCCAAUGUCCACAGCUUCAUCAUUACGCACGCGUCGUAAGGAACCUGUACAGGGUUGGACGCAAGGUGGGCAGAUCUACUUCGACUACAUCGAGUUGCUCGACCUCACUGGUCAACGCUCAACAUACCGUGUCGACGAGGAGCUCAACGCCCGCAUUCAGGAGCUUCUUGUGAAGCUGCAGAAGGCCUUGGAGGUCGCCGCACGAGACAGACUCGAAUCAUGCGGUCUGGAGGAACGCGUAGCAUUGAUGGAGAUUGCCGGAACCGUCGCUGGCCAGGUUGCUAAAACAUCUCGAUCAAACCAAGCCUCCAUCCUCCGCCUUCCCCUCACUGAGGACCUCCGCCUCAAACACUCCUGCGCCAUGUCCGCCACUUACUACCGCAACGUAAUGGCAAGCAGCAGAUAG